AUGAUUACAUUAAUCUUACCUCAACUUCUCAUCCACCCUACCUCUCCGUCAUCCUACCUAUAUUACCACUUUACAUCUACUACCAUCCUACCUCUACCCCCAUCCUACCUCUAUACCGCCAUCCUACAUGUACCGAUAUCCUACCUCUACUACAACUCUCCAUCUACUACCACCUUACAUCUACUACCAUCCUACCUCUACCGCCAUCCUACCUCUUUUACCAUCCUACAUCAUCUAUCAUCCUACCUCACCCGCCACCCUACCCCUGCCGACACCUCUGCCACCACCCUUCCUCUGUCACCACCCUUCCUAUGCCACCACCUUGCCUCUACCACCAUCUCUCCUCUCCGACAACACUACCUCUGCCACCAACCGUCCUCUACCACCACUCUACCUCUGCCACCACCCUUCCUCUACCGCCACCCUGCCUCUGCCACCAUCCUGCAUCCACCACCACCGCCCUUCGUCUACCACCAUCUCUCCUCUCUGACCAUCUCUCCUCUCCGAAAAUUCUACCUCUUCUACCGCCUUUUCUCUUAUACCACUACCUCUAUACGACCACCCUACAUUUACUACCUCUUCUACCACCACUCUGCCUCUUCUACCAUCACACUUCCUCUACCAUUACCCUUCCUCUAUCAAUACCCUUUUUAG